AUGCUUGAUCAUAUUGAAUCAACCUAUGUUGGUAUAGGUUUUGCAUUACGUAUAUUUCUUUUCUUUCAAACAAGAAUACGAAAUUAUUUUGAAGAGAGUGGAGAAUUUGUUACACCAUUAAAUUCAUGGAAAAGAGUUAUCGAAGGAAUUUAUUUACGUAAACUCAAUCUUUCACCAUUUGUUGGUUCGAUUGUACAUGAAACACCACUUUCACUUUUCUUCUAUUCAAAAUUACAUGCAAUAACAAAUGGACAUGUUGAAGGUUUAUUUAUCGCAGCUGAUCUUCUAAGUGCUAUACUUACUUAUAAGAUAGCACAUCGAGUUUUAACACAACUUUUCGAUCAAGAAAUUAAAGAAAAGUCAAAAUAUAAAAAGGAUAGUGAAUUAUUAUGGUUAACAGAGGCAAAUAUUCAAAAGAGUGCUUAUGCUGUUUUACUUUGUUCAAUGAUAAAUCCAUUAUCAAUUGGUACAUGUCUUGCUAAAUCAAGUCUUGUUUUUCAUAAUUUAUUACUUACAAUGACAUUUUAUUUCUUUAUAACAUAUCAAUUAUUACCAUUUAUAAUAACAUUAUGUUUGACUAGUUCAAUAUCACUCUAUCCAAUUAUUUUAAUUGCACCAGCUUUACUUCAAUUUUCAAAAAAUAAUUCUAAUAAUCGAUCAAUAAUUCGUAUAUGUCUUGUAAUAAUUUUAUUUAUUAUUGUUAGUUUUGGUAUACUUAUAUUAAAUUUCUUUCUUAAUCAUCAAUCAUGGUCAUUUAUUGAAUCAACAUAUAGUUUUAUUUUUCAUGUACCAGAUUAUACACCAAAUAUUGGAAUAUUUUGGUAUUUUUUUACUGAAAUGUUUGAUCAUUUUCGUUCAUUAUUUGUUUGGACAUUUCAAAUGCAUGUUCUUCUACUUUAUUUACUUCCAUUUACAAUAAGAUUAAGGAAAUGGCCUCAACUUUUGGCUGAAUAA